AUGCCAUCAGCAUCAUCGCAGACACGCUGCAACCUGCCUAAUGGUUGGGCUCCCGCGUCUACACGGCUGGCUCCCUACGGGGACACUGGGAGUUGGAGGGGACCUCCUGGGAUCGGCGCUGGGCUGCAGAACGUGGGAAACACGUGCUACGUGAACGCAGCCCUGCAGUGUCUGACCUACACACCACCCCUCGCCAGCUCGAUGCUGUCCCAGGAGCACUCCCGAAGCUGUGGGAAGCACACCUUCUGUGUGCACUGUGCUCGGCAGGCUCACGUGACCCGGGCCCUCGGCCGUCCCGCAGAUGUGAUCCGGCCUCCUCCCACACUGCUCACCGCCUUCCACACCCACAGGCAGGAAGAUGCCCAUGAGUUUCUCCUGUUCACGCUGGAUGCCAUGCAGCAAGCGUGGACGCAGGAGGACAAGCCUUCAGGGCCUCAGGCUGACGACAGCAGCCUCAUCCGGCAAAUCUUCGGAGGGUACUGGAGGUCGCAAAUCCAGUGUCUCCGCUGCCAGGGAGUUUCCAGCACUUUGGACCCUUACCUGGACAUUAGCCUGGAUAUCAGGGCAGCUGAGAGUGUGAGCCAAGCUUUGCAGCAGUUGGUGCAGCCCGAACGGCUCGACGGGGAAAAUGCCUAUCGUUGUAGGACGUGUCUCGACAAGGUACCUGCGUCCAAGACGUUGACUCUGCACACAUGCUCCAAGGUCCUGAUGCUCGUAUUGAAACGAUUCUCCCAUUUCACGGGCAACAAACUGGCUCAGGAAGUCCAAUAUCCUGAGUGCCUGGACAUGCAGCAGUACAUGUCUGAGCCGAAGGCGGGAUCCAGGAUUUACGUGCUCUACGCUGUCCUGGUGCACGCGGGAUGGAAUUGUCAGCGCGGACAUUACUUCUGUUACGUCAGAGCUGGGAAUGGCCAGUGGUACAAAAUGGAUGAUGCGAAGGUGACCGCCAGCGAUGUGACUUCUGCCCUGAGCCAACAAGCCUAUGUCCUCUUUUACAUUCAGAAGAGUGAAUUGGAAAGAGACCGAGUGUGGGGGCCAGGUGGUGGGGAAUCCACAUCCCCACAGGCUGGCCACGCACACAGGCGUGGGGUCCAAGGGGGCCCUGAGACAGACCCCAACAUCAAGGAUCCUGAGUUGGAGGAUCGUGGGGAAGACACACCAGGGCAACCGAUCACGUUAGAAGAGUGGAGACUCCUCCAGGAAAGUCGCCGUCCCAGGUCUGAAUUCAACCUCAGGAAGAUAGAAUCGGCUCUUCCCGCCCAUGCCGUCUUAAUUCACCAGUCCAAAUACAGAGAGGAGGGGGGAAAGGAACCUCGUGAACAAAACAUCUACCCACUCAACAAUUCAUCCAGAGACAACCCACCUCACGGGGCAACAGACAUUGACAAAGUCCCUUGUCUCAUUUGA